CCAGCUCUAGACUCUGGCAAGUCUUCCGUUUCCUCAGCCAAACAGCAUUACCUGAGUAAAGCCAGAUAUCUGCCAGGCAUCAACCCAAAGGUGAGCGCCCGCAGGGACAGUGUGCGCAGGGACAGUGUGCACAGGGACAGUCUGGGUGUAGCUGCAGACUGGUCACCCUUAGGGAGAAACUUUGCUUUGGGAGAAAUUAAUUCCAAUAGCC